CCAACCCUCGCUUCUGGCCCCUGGGUUCCCGUUCUGCAUCUUUGCCCUCUCAUCGCCAGCAACAAGCCGCCGACACAAUGGAGUCGCCCUGGGAGGAACGCUGGUCAAAAUCCCGCGAUCGACCUUACUACUUCAACCGCCAAACAGGCGAGAGUCAGUGGGAUAAGCCCGAUGACUCUUACAAGCCCCACGUCAAGGCCGGGGAAGUGCGUGCCUCGCAUCUUCUCGUCAAACACAGGGACUCUCGCCGUCCGUCGUCGUGGAAACAAGAAAACAUCACACGAACCAAGGAAGAGGCCUAUGCAAUCAUUCAAGACGGCGAUCUUGGGUUUUUUGGACCUGGCGCAAUGCAGCCUGCCUUUGAAUCCGCCACGUUUGCCCUGCAAGUCGGAGAGCUCAGCGGGCCUGUCGAAUCGGACUCGGGCAUCCAUUUGAUUUUGCGAACGGCCUAACAUGGCAGCGGCAGCACAGCUUGUUGUCAAAGGCUGUAAUGGUCGGAAAUCCGAAGGGAUCGCCUCACUCUCAAUUAUCAAUAGUCCUCUGUCGUGAAACUUGUUUUGCGGUGCAACCUCGGUGUGCUAUCGGUCGGCGGUGCAUCGGCGAGGGCAUGACGGUGUUGAAAAGGACAGCUCUUGAGCACACCGCACGGCCGUGUCUGUCGGUUGGUGUUGGUGUGUGUGGCAUGGCCGUGUAUAUCUCAGAUCAAUGCCAUGGGCAACGGCAAUGGUGCGCCAUGAAGAGUCCAUGACUGUGCUGGUGGUCAUUGCCGACGGCGAUCCAGAUCCAAAUCCAGAUCCAAAUCCA